UAACUACAGCGAGAGGCGCGGCGGGGAGAUGGCGACGAAGCUGAAGGAGGUCUUCGGGCAGAUACUGGGCAAGAGGGGGGAGGCGGUCCGGGAGCUGAAUGUCUCCAUGCGGGCCAAGGGGAACAUGACCCAACGGCAGGACACGAUGCUCCGGGCCUGCUCGAUCUUCACCAACAUGAGCUACACCGUGGCCACUUCGCUGGUCGGCUUCACUACAUCGUUUGCUGCUGCUCAAGUACAUAAAAUUGUUGGAGGUCAACCUGUGCCUCGACUAUUAAGGCUUGGAGUGAGUGCUGGUGCUGGUUUGAUUGCAGGGCAGAUGGUGUACUAUAGAUCGUUGCAUACAUGUACUUUAUACUUAUUGAACAAGGGAGAUGAACGGUUGAAAACAGAGCUAUCUACUAUAAUACUUACUAAGCAUAGUGAUGAGAAAUCAUCGGUUGAAGCAGUACGGAGGCAUUUUUAUGCCGAGGAGCUCUACACUGAUCAGCAUAAACUAGAGUUCAGGUGGAUCCCACGUAACAUGUAUAUUGACGGCACCUAUGUGGAAAGGCAGGAGACUGAAGCAAACAACUCGGCAGAUAAGGCCAAAACAAUAUCUGCCGAGACAACGGUAAAAAACACAUCAUUUGGGAAUCUCAUGGAGGACCCAUUGGCCUGUAUACUCGGUUUUCCAGACAACAUGGAGAAUCAGGAUGAUAAUACCCCUAAGCGCACAACUACUAUACUCAGGAAAAGGGACUCGCGAGCUCGGAGGAGAAGACAUCGACAUCAUCAUCAGCAUGCAACAUUGUGAAGGUCCGAUUGGAUCACUUCUGUACUUGGACUAGAGAUACUUGCUGGUCCAACAUUACCACUUCCAUUUGACAAUUUCGGAAAACACAAUCUGGAUAUAUUCUAUAAAGAAACAAUGGGAGUCUGAGUUCCAUUAUGCUGCAAUUUAUUUCAUGUGGUGGACAAUGCCAGUAGGCUUU